AUACAUAUUAUGGAGGAGGCAGAACAAAGAAAUAAAACGUCCAUCAUGGAAUUCCUCCUCUUGGGAUUUGGGGACGUUGGUCACCUACAGCCCCUUCUCUUCCUGCUCUUUCUAGUGGUUUACAUUGUGACUGUGGCCGGGAACCUCAUCAUUAUUGCGCUAAUUGUGACCAAUCAGCAACUUCAAAUCCCUAUGUACUAUUUACUGGGGAGUUUAUCCUGGUUGGAGACCUGCCUCUCCUCCACCCUGCUGCCCCGGCUGCUGGUCAGUCUCCUGACUGGGGACAGAACCAUCUCCGUUAACAGCUGCAUGGUGCAAUUUUAUUUCUUUGCCAUCAUGUCUACUGCAGAAUCUUUGCUGCUCACGGCCAUGUCUUACGAUCGGUACUUAGCCAUAUGCAAACCCCUCCACUAUCCCGUUGUGAUGAACGGCAGGGUUUGCUGCCAGCUCGUGGCGGGGUCCUGGCUAAGUAGCUUGACCACGUGCAGCAUAGGAAUGAUUUUAUUGAUGCAACACACGUUCUGCGAUUCCAGAGAGAUCGACCAUUUCUUUUGUGAUUUUGCUCCCCUCAUCAAGCUGUCCUGUGAUGACACCCAGAUUUUACAACUGGCAACGUUUGUCAUUGCGACGCUAUGGACAUUUGUACCCCUUCUCCUCACUAUGACGUCCUACAUUUAUAUCAUCUCCACCAUCCUGAGGAUCCCGUCUGCCACCGGGCGCCAAAAGGCCUUUUCCACCUGCUCCUCCCACCUCAUUAUGCUUGCCAUUUUCUAUGUGACCGUGAUCACGGUCUAUGUGGUUCCCUCAGCCAACACUACCAAGAUCUUAAACAAAAUAUUCUCAGUCUUUUAUACCCUGCUGACCCCACUUUUCAACCCCAUUGUGUACAGCCUGAGAAACAAGGAGGUGAACGAGGCCCUGAGAAAAGCUCUUCUGAAAUUGGCUGCUCUCAGGAAUAGACAGAGAGGAUGA